ACACACACACACACACACACGCGCGCGCACGCACACCGUGUACAGCCAGCUGCCUGCAGCGCCGUGGACUGCCCGCACGCAGCCGUGCCGCUCGGAGCCCACAGACGGAUCUCGCAGGAUGAAUAAAGGGUUGAAGUUCGGAUGGGAACUCCGGGAAGAAUCACACCGUGGAUCACGAUGAGGCGACGGGUUCUCAAGUGUUUAUCUUCUCCCUUUUAAGGGUUGUUUUUUUCUUCUUCUUCUUCUUCUUCCACCACCCACCGCCCCGAGUCACUUGGAGGUGCACACGCAACUUCGCGCCCAACAUGAUUCGGGGUGUGUUGUUGUGUUGCCUCCUGACGGCGGCCGCCGGAUCCCAGGCGCGGCAGCGGGUGCCGUUCUUCCACGGGCACGUCUUCGAGAACUCGCCGACGGCGUCCAGGGUGAACGGACUGAGCAUUCCGGCGGGGCGCAUCGACGCGCAAAAAUGGUGCCCCGUCUCCGGCGUGCGCUUCAAACUGUGCGGCAACGGCAGCGAGGACUUCCGCGCCUUCGCCCACCACAAGCGGGGGAACGUCCUGCUGAAAACUUCCAGGCUGCUGGACAGAGAGGCUCGGGCCGGAUACCUGCUGAGCGUGGCGCUGUGCUGUCAGUCGUGCGCACAGGACUCGGUCGCCCUCGAGCUCGCCACGGUGAAAGUGGACGUUUUGGACACCAACGACCACGCGCCGACUCUUCGCAGUGCAGACACCGUGCACAUCACUUUAGACGACACCACCGCCCUGCGCAGCGUCGUGCACAGGCUGCAGGCUGUCGACGCGGACAGCGGCAAGAACGCAGAGUUGACAUACGUCUCCGUGCCCAAUAACGGCAGCUUCUACGUUGUGCCGAAGACGGGCGAAGUUCUGCUGAUGGACUCCAUCCUGGGGCUGCCCGCGCGGGUCAACUUCAGCGUUUUCGCCCGGGACCACGGCUGGCCCCCUCUGACCAGUACAGGCGUCGUGGUGGUCGUCGCCCCGCAGCGGUGGGCGACGCGCUCCGCCGCGGAGCCGUUGGCGCGGUCGGAGAGGGCAGGGCGCGCGCCGAGGGCGCUGCUUGACCCCGGCGCCGCGGUUCGCGUCAACGUGUCCGAGGACGCCGGCGUGGGCUCGGUCAUCACGAGCCUGGCCCCCAGCAGGUUCCAGUCGGCCGCCUACGAGGUGAUCUACCCGGAGUCGCAGCGGGGCUCCCCGGUCACCGUGGGGCGCGACAGUGGAGAUAUCACGAUAGCCCAGAGGCUGGACAGGGAGGCAGAGCCCUUCGUGGAGCUCACCGUUAAGAUUCAGGACAAACGAGGCCCAGAUUGGUACCUGAACAAGGUGAAGCUGAAGAUCAGUGAUGUCAAUGACAACGUCCCUGAGUGGAAUAUGAAGCCCUACCCUUACCUGGCUGUAGUGGCCCCCGAGGCCCCUGCGGGAGCGUUGGUCUACCAGCUCCAGGCCCAGGAUGGGGAUGAGGCCGAAAGCGGAGAGGUGGAAUACUUUCUCUCAGACGGUGGUGACGGCUGCUUCGCUGUGGACAAGAACACAGGCCAGGUAGUGACCACGGGGCUGGUGCUGCAGAGGGACAGGGAGUACUUGUUAAGUGUGGUGGCCCUUGACGGGCUGGGCAGCCGCAGUGCCCCUGCCAUGCUCUCCGUGAUGGCAGGAGCCCGAGCACCGCAAUUUACCAAUAUUAGCUACGCCAUCUCCAUUCCGGAGAACACACCUGAAGGACAGCCCUUCCUGGUGGUGUUUGCCAUUUCCUUCCAGAAGCAGCCCAUCAGCUACAGCCUGCUGAUCAAUCCCAGUAGCCUCUUCAGCAUCCGACAGGAGACGGGGGAGAUCAGUCUGACCAGGACGCUGGAUUAUGAGAGUGACCAGCGACGCUACCUGCUGAUGGUGCGAGCCAGCGAGGAGCCCGGCAGCCUCAGCACUGCCACGGAGGUUCAGGUGUUGAUAACGGACGAGAAUGAUUGUGUCCCAGAGUUCCUCCAAUCCAUUUACAGUGUGGACGGGGUCCCUGAGACUGUAACCACGGCAACGUCCCUGCUGCAGGUGUUAGCCACGGACUGCGACUCGGGGUUGAACGCGGAGCUCACCUACUACACCCUGAGCCCAGACUUCAGCAUUUCGCCCCACGGGACAGUUUUCCCCGCGGGCCGGCUGGACUAUGAGAGGACUAACCAUCUGUAUGAAUUUGUGGUGAUGGCGGUGGACAACGGGGAUGAGCCCAAUUCCGGCACUGCCACGGUCCGUGUGAGGAUGGCGAACGUCAACGACGAGGCCCCUGAAUUCUCCCAGCCUGUAUAUCGAACGUUUGUUUCCGAGGACGCGGGCCCCAACACCCUCGUCGCCACAGUUCUGGCCAAAGACCCAGAUGGUGAUGGUAUAAUCUACUCCAUAACAGCAGGCAAUGAGGAGGGAAACUUCAUCAUCGACAGCCAGAAAGGGCUGAUCCGCCUCCGCUCCGCUCCCCUGCCUAAGCUCCAAGGGCUGGAGUACGUCCUGAACGUGACGGCCACAGACGACAACGCAUCGGGCGGGCCGCACUCACUCUCCUCCACCGCCCGGGUCGUCGUCGGGGUCGAUGAUGUCAACAACAACAAACCUGUAUUUGAGGAGUGCCAGCAGUAUCGUGAGCAGGCUUCAGUGCUGGAGAACCAGCCAACGGGGACUUUUGUGUUGCGAGUGCAUGCUGUGGAUGCAGAUGAGGGAGCAAAUGGAAAAGUCAAAUAUGGCUUAAUGCACAGAGACAGCACCAUGCCUGCCUUCAAAAUUCAUCCAGACACAGGAGUGAUUGUGACAGCCAGGCGGUUCGACCGGGAGCGGCAGAGAGAGUAUUCAAUUACAGUAACGGCCACUGAUUGGGCGGAGGAGCCGCUCAUCGGCAUCUGUCAGCUCACCGUCCAAAUACUGGACCAGAAUGAUAAUAGCCCCAAGUUUGAGAAUUUGCGCUAUGAGUACUUUCUGAGAGAAGACACUUUGGUCGGCACCAGUUUCCUCCGUGUCGCAGCUCACGAUGAUGACUUUGGCACUAAUGCAGCCAUCACUUACUCCAUGUCCCUGGAGCAGCCCGAGUACCUGCAGGUCAACCCUGUCACUGGAUGGGUCUACGUUAACCAGCCCAUAUCACAGAGGACCUAUAUUACACGGGACAUCAUAGCAACUGACGGGGGAGACCGAAACACUUCCGUGGAGCUGUCAGUCACCAUCACCAACGUGAAGAACCAGCCUCCGCAAUGGGAACAGGAGAGCUACAGUGUUGUCAUUCCUGAAAACACUGCCAGGGACACACCCAUAGUGACAAUUAAAGCGACCUCUCAGCUGGGUGACCCCAGGGUGACCUACAACCUGGAGGACGGGAUGGUCCCCGAAACCAACAUGCCAGUGCGUUUCUACCUCUCGCCCAACCGCGAAGACAGCUCCGCCUCCAUUCUGGUGUCGGAGCCGUUGGAUUACGAGACCACAGCCUCUUUCUCUCUCCGGGUCCGAGCGCAGAACGUGGCUGCGGUGCCUCUGGCAGCUUUCACUACCGUUUAUGUCAAUGUCACAGAUGUUAACGACAACGUGCCAUUCUUCACCUCCUCCAUCUAUGAGGCCUCAGUAACGGAAGGAGCCCAGAUAGGGACUUCGGUUCUCCAAGUGUCUGCACACGACAAAGACCUGGGUCUUAAUGGAGAGAUCACCUACUCUCUUUUGAGUGACAGCAGUGGCGACCACCAUCUGUUCCGCAUUGACCCGAAACUCGGGGUCAUCUACACGGAAGCCGUGUUUGAUCGCGAGGCCCGCAGCUCCUAUUUGUUGGAGGUUCAGUCGGAAGACGGGCAGGAGUCAGCGCGACCUGGCAAAAACAAACAGCCAAACUCAGACACAGCGUAUGUGAGGGUUUUCAUCAGCGACGUCAAUGACAACAAGCCAGUCUUUGCUCAGCGGCUGUAUGAAGUCGGCGUCGACGAGAAUGCAGAUGUGGGCCUGACUGUCGUCGCAGUUAGCGCUAAUGACGAGGAUGAAGGGGCCAAUGCCAAGCUGCGCUACCAGAUAACGUCUGGCAACAAAGGCGGCGUGUUUGACAUCGAGCCAGAGGUGGGGACGAUCUUUAUUGCCCAACCGCUGGACUAUGAGCAGCAGAAGCGAUACAAGCUACUGGUCCUUGCGUCCGACGGGAAGUGGGAAGACUAUGCUGCCGUGGUGGUGACCGUGGUUAAUAAGAACGAUGAGGCGCCAGUGUUCUCCAUGAAUCAGUACUAUGGAUCUGUCACAGAGGAGCUUGAUGGGUCCCCCGUGUUUGUACUACAGGUGACAGCUACUGACCCAGACAAAGAUGCCGACCAGGGCGCCAUACGCUAUUCCAUUCAUGGUCAAGGGGCAGAGUCGCACUUCAUGAUCAACGACAUCACGGGUGAGAUGUAUGCCCAGCGCACCGUGGACCGAGAAGAGCGCGCCGUCUGGCGCUUUGUUGUCAUGGCAACAGACGAAGAGGGCGAGGGACUCACCGGCUUCACGGAUGUUAUUAUAAACGUGUGGGACAUCAAUGACAAUGCCCCCACCUUCUCAUGUGCCCCGGAUAAUUGCCACAGUAGCGUGGCGGAGAACUCUCCCCCCGGGGCGUUUGUUGUGGAAAUGACAGCGGUGGACCUCGACGAUGCCGCCGUGGGUCAGAACGCAAUCCUCACCUACACGAUUACUGAGAAUGCGCACAACGAGAACAACGCCGACCUCUUCGCUAUUGAUUCCAGCACUGGCACCGUAUCCGUGGCGGCCGAGGGUCUGGACCGGGAGAUCGCUGAAAAGCACUGGCUGGUUGUGGAGGCCCGGGACGGCGGGGGCAUGACAGGCACAGCGACCGCCACUAUCGUCGUAACGGACAUCAACGACCACGUCCCAAAGUUUAGAGAGGACUGGUGUGGCGCUCGUGUGCCAGAGAGCACCGACGAAGAUGCUCCUAUUCUGGAGUUGAGCGCCGUGGACCCCGAUGCCGGGACGUAUGGACAGCUGACCUUCAGUGUGGUGGCCGGGGACCCAGAGCAACAGUACUACAUGGUCAGCCACAGACUGGAGCAGACGGGCACAUUGAGACUGAAGCAGAAGCUGGAUUUUGAGAAGCCAGGGAAGCAGCGGUUUAACCUCACCAUUAAAGUGGAGGACUCGGACUUCUCAAGCCUCAUCCACUGUCUGAUUCAAGUGGAGGAUGAGAAUGAUAAUGCCCCUGUGUUCACCCCAAGUUCCCACCUGCUUUCUCCUUUGCCAGAGGACGCAGUUGUAGGAACCAGCGUCAUUCAGGUUGUGGCGUCUGACUCUGACUCAGGUCUGAACGCGGACAUUUUGUACAGCGUCCUCCCCCAGUCUGACCCGUAUGGACAUUUCACAGUCAGUCGGGCCGGCGUGGUCACAGUCGCCAGGCCGCUGGAUAGGGAGACGGUGGCAGGUUAUGAACUUGUCGUCAUGGCGACGGACCAGGGUUCCCCUGCGCUGACCGGCAGUGUCACGGUACACUUGCCGCUGCAAGACAUGAAUGACAACGGACCGGAGCUGGAGGCCGUCUACACCCCGGUGCUGUGGGAGAACAGCGCAGCGCCUCAAGUGGUCUGGCUCAACGGGAGCUCAACUCUGCUCCACGUGGUGGACAGAGACUCCCCGGAGCACGGGCCUCCCUUCUCCCUCUCCCUUCCCUCACUCUACUCUGCCGACUUCCACCUACAGGAUCACGGGAACGGCUCUGCCACGCUCACCGCCCUGCGGCGGUUCGACAGGGAAAGGCAGAGUGAGUUCCACUUGCCGUUGAUUAUGACAGACAGCGGCAGUCCUCCAAUGACGGCCACCAACACACUCACCAUCACCGUCGGUGACCAGAACGACAACGCCCAUCACGCCGGAGAGAAAGACGUCUACGUGCACAGCCGCAAGGGAAGGAUGACAACUGCAGCGCUGGGGAAGGUGCAUGCCCCAGAUCCCGAUGACUGGGACAACAAGACCUACACUCUGGAGACAAGCGCAGCCAAAUACUUCAUCCUGAACCAGAGCACAGGAGCGCUGACCCUCCGGCAGAACACCCCAGCCGGCAGCUACUGGUUGAGGGUCGGGGUGUCUGAUGGGGUGUGGCCCGAUGUGAUGUCAGGGGUCAGAGUUCAUGUCAGGGAGCUGGAAGAAAAGGCCAUCCUGUCGUCCGCCUCGCUGCGUUUGUCAGGCAUCACAGCCAGGGAUUUUAUCGAGUCUCGUGUGGAGGGGAAGAGCCGCCUCGAGACGUUCUGGGACUUCCUGUCUGAAAACCUGUCCGUCAGAUCGGGGGCCAUCAACAUUUUCAGCAUAGCCGACAGAGGGGAGAAAACCGUGGACGUUCACUUCUACGUGCUCAGCGAUAAUGGCUACCUGCGCCCGGAGAAACUGCACGCUGUCCUCGCUGCACGUAAAAACAAGCUGCAGUCAGUGCUGCGUGUGAAUGUGAGCCAGGUGCAGGUAGACGAGUGUGCGCGGGCAGAUUGCAGGACAUCCAGCGGCUGCUCCACACAGCUAAGCAUCAGUGACGCGCCCACCCUGGUGGACACGGGUGCUCUCUCCGUGGUCUCGGUGAAGGUGACGUCCUCGGCUGUGUGCGGUUGCGCUGCCAGGGAAAUGACCCACCAACCCUGCUCCUCCUACCCAGGUAACCCCUGCCUCAAUGGGGGGACCUGCAUCGACACCCAGAGUGGAUACAGGUGCCACUGCCCCCCACAGCUUGAGGGGCCAGACUGUCAGCGGACGAGGCUCAGUUUCCUUGGCGACGGCUAUGCCUGGUUUCCCCCCAUAAGGCCGUGUUUUGAUAGCCAUCUUUCACUGGAGUUUAUGACAGGAGAAGACGACGGGCUGCUACUGUAUGCCGGGCCGUUAGCCACUCUCUUGCCUGGGGAUGCUGAGGACUAUAUGGCCAUAGAGCUGAUCGGUGGGACACCCAGUCUGAAAAUUAAUCACGGUUCCGGGACCCUGGUGCUCCAGUUAACGAAUAACAUCGGGGUGGCUGACAGACGCUGGCAUCGCCUUGAUGUGAAGAUCAACCAGAAAGAAGUGCGCUUCACUCUCGAUCGAUGUUCCACCGCGAUUGUCAUGGAGACCGAAGGCGUGGACUCGUGGGCAACGACAGAGGACCGCUCGUCCUGUGAAAUCCGAGGGGUCACACCCAACAGGGACAAGUUUCUGAACGGAAGCCAUGUAUUGCAGCUUGGAGGGGUCAGUGGGAACAUAUCUUAUGAAUACCCGCAGCUGCAGCACAAGCACUAUACUGGAUGCAUCAGGAACCUGCUUGUGGACAGCAAGCUGUAUGACCUCGGUUCCCCAGCUGAAUCCUCCAACACUGUGCCGGGCUGUUCUCUUAUUGAUGACCAAUGCACCAGCAUGGAGCAACUUCCUUCCUGUGGCGAGAGGGGUCGCUGUCACGGCGAGUGGGGCUCCCUCGGCUCCCUCGGCUCCCUCGGCUGCCUUUGUGAGCCGGGGUUUACGGGGCCACAGUGUGAUCAAGUGGCUCCAGAGUUCUCCUUCGACGGCCGGAGCCACGUCCAGCUGCAGCUCUCGUGGUCCCCGCCCGCGCGGCAGACGAGCGUCCAGGUCGGCGUUCGGACGCGCGCCGCCGCCGGUGUCAUCCUCGGUCUGCUCUCCCAGGAGCAGAAUGAAUACCUGCGCUUGGAGGUGGCUCAGGGUCUGCUGGCGGUUUUCUACAACCUCGGCGACGGCGACCACAAUGUCACACUGCCCCACCAUCGCCUCGACGACGGACAGUGGCACGAGGUGGAGCUGGAUCGAUACGGCAGAGAGUUCACCCUGCACCUGGACGGAGGGGGAGGAAGGCGCGAGGUCACGGGUUCGCCCGGGCGGAGUCAGGAAAUCAUUAUUGACCCCUCGGCGGUGAUGGUUGGAAACUCUUUCCCCUCAGGACACAACCGGAGCUUCCUUGGUUGUUUGCGAGAUGUGAGGUUCAACAGCCGCUCCGUCUCCCUGGACAGAGAGCAGCCUUCAGAAGGACUUCAGGUGGUCACCUCGCAGGGAGUCUCUGUCGGCUGCUCUUCGGAAGCCUGCAGGAAACAUCAGUGUUCCCCCCCCUUGGUCUGCGUGGACCUCUGGAGACACCAUGAGUGCAGGUGCCCUGCAGGCCACCUGACCAAAGAGAGCUCCUCGGGGAAAGAGUGCGUGUACACGCUGUGCGCCAGCCGGCCGUGUCGCCACGGCACCUGCGUGGUCCACUCUCCGUCCCGCUACUCGUGCCGCUGCAGCGAGGGCUACCGGGGCCGGCACUGCGAGGUGACGCUCGCCGUGUUCCACAACGAGGACGGCAACAGCCUCAGCCUCAGCUCCAUGUUCGCAAUCAGCAUCUGUGUCAUGGCCUUUCUAGUGUUGAUGCUGGGCCUGUUCCUCUACUCCUGCUGGAGGAGGCACAAGGGCCUGAAGGAAGGCGUGUACCAUGUGUCCGCGCACCACGGCGAGUGGGAGGACAUCCGGGAGAAUGUGCUCAACUACGACGAGGAAGGCGGAGGGGAGCAGGACCAGAACGCCUUUAACAUGGUGGAGCUGCAGCGCUCCCUCCAGCCCAGCCCGGCGCAGUCCCUUCGCUACAGCUACCCACACAGCAUCAUCUCCUACCCGCAGACUAAGCUUCCCCAGGACAACAACAAGAAGGAGGUGGCCAACGGGAACGGCAGCGCAGCCAUCGCCCUGCGCCUGGCCUUCCCCCGCUCUGAGACGGAAACCCUGCCGUCCCCGCUGACCUUCCGGCGCUCCCAGAAGACCCUCUCCUUCUCCAGCCAGGACUUGGCCCGCUACCUGUGUGAGGUCAUCAGGGACAUGGAGCACCCGGGGGAGCUCGGCACCAUGACCACACCGCGGCGUCCCGCCGGAAAGGGGCGCGGCAUGGCGGCGGUGCGCUCCCUCAGCUCCCUCAGUGCAACUCAGGGUUCAGAGGUCAGGCUCCAGGGGGGCCAGGGCAGCCGGCUUGACAGGUUCAAAACCCUCCGAGCUGUGGUGUGCGAUUUGCGAGGAGACUCCAAGACUCCGGAGGGCCAGAGGGACAAACUGAAGGAGAGCAGAGGGCAGCUGAGCUGCGAGAAGAGUGGUUGAGGCUGCACUCGGAGGGACCGAACCGAAGGUUGCGGCAAAGCAACACUCGUCAGAGGGUGAUGGUGGAAUUCCAAAGGGAGAUAAUUAAAUGUGAAAUACUCUGAGACUGGGAGGUUGCCCAGGGUGUAUGUGAAGUCUGCUAUAAAUGUACUGUAUUGAUGAAACUCUGAACACUUACAUGCUUUGAUAUAAAAGUUGUUUACCAAUGAAUGAUCAGAUGUGACGUAUUGUUUACUUGGCAUUGCACUGUACAGUAUAUAAUCAACAAGAAAGCACUUUUCGGAGGCGCCACGUGUCAAAACUACCCAUGUCAUAAAACUCAUAGGAACAAUGUCUGCGAAGUAAGACGGCAAAUGGGUUCCCUGGGAGAGAACGCGAUUCUUUCUGCCGUUAAGGACUCAUGAAAUCAUUUGUGACGAAAA